UAACACCCACAAGAUGUCGGUAUUCGCUGUUUGAUUUCGUCUUGUGAUGAAGACCUGACAAUAUCUAAACUCUGAAGUGUGACUCACUAUACAGCUGUAGAUAUAUAGACAGACACCGAACAAAGUGGUGCAUGAAAAGCACCACUCAUCUACAGGGGAAACUAAAUCAUUCCAAAGAUCAAAAGAAUGGUGUCAGCCAAACCAUUCAAAAAUCAGAAAUACCAAAAGAUAAAGAAGGAAUGCAUCAAGAAGAGGGCACUGUUCAGGGACAGCGAGUUUCCCCCCGAGGGUGCCUCCCUAUUUUACAGCAGGGCAGCCCCGGCAGACAUUGUCUGGAAACGACCGGGAGAAAUCGUCUCCGAUCCCAGGUUUUUCACUGAGGGCAGUAGUGCAGACGACUUUUCCCAAGGUUCCCUUGGUAACUGCUGGUUUGUGGCAGCCUGUGCAUGUAUUGCAGAACGGAAAAACCUUUUGAGAAAGAUAGUGCCUGAUAUCGAACAGCAGGAUUGGGGAAAAGGCCGGAAGUACGCUGGAAUAUUCCAUUUUAAGUUCUGGCAGUGUGGGGAAUGGGUCGAUGUCGUCAUAGACGAUUAUCUCCCCACACGUCAAGGGAGAUUAAUCUACAUGCACUCUAAAUCAAGAAACGAGUUCUGGUCAGCCCUGCUAGAGAAAGCCUAUGCCAAAUUAUUCGGGGAUUACGAGUCACUUGUUGCUGGGAAAGCUAAGGACGCCAUGGUUGACAUGACAGGGGGCGUGGCCGAGGGAAUAGAAAUUAAGGACUAUAAUUCUAAAGAGGAGAGGAAAAAGCUGUUUAAGAUUCUGAGAAAAUCGAAAGAAGACAAGUCCUUGAUGAGCACAUCCAUUGCAGCGACCAGGGCAGAGAUGGAGGAAACGCUUGCCUGUGGUCUGGUAAAGGGCCACGCCUACAGCAUAACUGACGUCAGAAAAAUAAAGCUGGGAACGGGACUGAAGUCCAUAUUUAGCAGAGAAAAAAUCCAUAUGAUUCGAUGUCGCAACCCAUGGGGCGGUACCGAAUGGAAAGGGGCGUGGAGCGAUGGGUCCCCGGAAUGGAAGAAAGUGAGUGAAAGUGAGAAAAAAGAACUUGGGUUAACAUUUGACGAAAAUGGCGAAUUUUGGAUGUCAUUUGAGGAUUUCUGCCAGUAUUUCACCAGUAUUGAUAUAUGCCACAUCAUCAAUACCUCACUGUUUUCCCUCUCCAAGACGUGGAAGGAGGGCAAAGCGGAGGGCGAGUGGAAGAGGAACCGAUGUGGAGGCUGUGGAAACAACGGGACGUUUCUAGAAAAUCCACAAUACAUGUUUGAGAUAAAUGAUGCAGACGAAGAACUCUUGGUAUCACUGGAACAAUACGACAGACGAAGAGAGAAAGACCAGGGAAAAUCAAACUACACAAUUGGCAUUACUAUAAUGAAAGCAGAUCUAAACCGGAAGUACAGAAUGCACGACAGAUUAGAAAGGGUACAUUCCGGACCGUUCUCUAACGCCAGGAACGUGUUCGCUCGUGUUACUCUGCACCCCGGACGUUACGUCAUCAUUCCGUCCACCUUUGAUCCGGGGUGUCUUGGCAAAUACGUUUUAAGGAUGUAUUGCAAUUGUAAUAUCAACCUCAGAGAGCUGUGGCUAGAUGAACCACCUCCUCCGACUUUGUGCGGAAUUCAAACCAACCUAAAGAAGAGAAAAACGUGCGCAACGCAGGUUACCAUGGUGAAGGGGGAAGGGUUUCCGGGAAACGAGAACAAAGGUAACAUUUAUUGUAAAAUCAUGUGUGAAGGUAAAGUAUUCAGGACAAGAGUAUGCAAGGGCUCCUUAAAACCGGAAUGGAAUGACAGGGUUACAUUUUAUAGGAAAAAGCCAGAGGAGGACAUUUUUAUAGAGGUAUGGGACAACAGCAUAAUAAAAGACGAGUUUCUGGGUGAGUGUGUGAUUCCUAUGUCUGAGAGCGCCACCUAUCGGGGAGGGAACACCAUUAGGCGGUAUGACCUGAAUUCCCGACAGAAUGGUAAUGGAACCGAGAAAAAGGCGGGAUAUAUUUGGCUCAAGAUUCUUCACACGAACGAAAUGGACAGAGUUUGAA